GGCCGAGGUCUCAGCCUCCGGCUACAGCACCACCACCGCCACCAUCAUCUUGUCGAGAAGCCUCAAGCAUAAUCUUAUUCCACCUCUUCUCCCCGUGCCUCAGCGUACGAGAAAGAAACAGAGAAAGCUAGGAUAGAAGAGACGGAGCCUUCUCGAUUACCGAAGCUAGAAGACACAGAGGAGAAGCUUGAACUGGACACGCGAACAUCUCAACAACAAGCCAUGCCAUGAACCGGAUCCAAGGCCUAGAGCUAAGAGGAACUAAGAGAGAUCAAGCAACUUAGUUUCGCACAUGCGAACAUAUCCACCGGAUCUGAGUGAUCUCUCGCUAACUCAAAUGCAGAGCACCUGCGAUCUCCACUAUCAGAGAAGAUGCACUCUUUGAUGGCAAGCGAGUCAUCUUCGAGGAAGAGAUCGAGGAAACGCUUGCUAGAUUGGUACCUAAGAUAGGCGCUGCCGAUUCGGAUAGGCCGAUAGCUUCUUUCCGUCCUUAUGGUAAGUGUUGGGGGUAAAAACAAGAAGGAUUACAAGUCAUCAUGUUUGAAAUGGUUCUACCCCUUCGUGUACGAUUGUGGUUGAAUCCUUUCUCGAGGAUAAGAUCGGGAUUCCUUCUUUGCAAAGGCACGACCGUAAAGAGAUUUAGGAUUAUGGUUGAAUCCAUUCAUAAGGCCGAGAUUCCUUCUUUGCAGAGGCACGACCGUAAGGAGAUUGAUGUGCAGAGCGUCAACACCUCGGCCAUCGAUGAAGGUUCGUUCAGUGAUUGGAACCACAAGAAGACAGUUUUUAUCGCCGGCCAGCAUCGACAACAAUGUGCAGAGCAUCAACACCUCGGCCAUCGAUCAAGGCUCGUGCAGUGUCUGCAGAGGAGUCCCUAUCAACCGGAAUAAUUGCUCACAAUAUCUUCUCCUGUCUGCAGAGCCGCGACGGAGAGGGAACAGUAAAAGUGUAGGGAGAAGAUAUUUUUGCUGCUUGGCGUCAACCAUUAGAUAUCUCGUCUACGUCAGCUACUCCUGUAGCGAUGACGUGGCCUUCACUUUCGCCAUCUCCUUGGUUGCCCUUUCUCUAUCAUAUAUCCCCAAAACAAGCAUCGCUUCUUCUGCUUGGGUCUCGGCCUCGUCCUUCCGGUCCUCGGUACCGGCCACUUGACCUCUUCCCUGCGGCGGCGCACCUUCGCCUACGUCUCGCCCUAGGCGCGGACAGGGUUUGUGUUCUGAAUGCUGCAUUGUGAAAUGUCAUGUCAGAGAAUGCUAUAGAAAGUUAUGCAACCAGUAAAGAUUUAAAUAUUGGAUCAGUAAUGCAAAUGGUAUAGUAUCUGUUUACCGGUACUGUUCGUAUAGGAUGGCUCAUUAGAAGUGAGCAAGCGUCAUGUCAAACCCUCACUGCCUUAAGCACUAUGAUCUUUCUUAUGCAAGCAAUAAAGAAGACCGUGUAAUAUAAGAGAGGCACUUGAGAGUUUAAAAUUACCAAAUCUCGCAAGGUUCAACUGUUUAGCAUGGAUAUAAGUGAAGGAAGGACAUUUGGAUGCAGGAAUGUAUGCAGUUCUGAUCUUAAUGAUUUAGGCCUUACAACACAUGUUCCCAAGUCAUCUGAAUUUAUGGGAGCUGAAAAGAUUGGAAGCUAUAUGAAAAAUUCUGUGUUGCAGAAAGAUGUAAAAUCAUAUGUUGAAGUGGUAAUUCCAGAUAAAUCAUAUCUUCAUAGACAUCAAGAUUCUUCUAUAAACUGGGAAAACUACAAGGCAUGCCAUUGUCCAGAUUCAGAAGGUAUUACGUCAGAGCAAAAUCACAUUCCUAUUGAUGGCAUAAAUAAAAAGAUAAAGAGUAAUUUGAAUCAGAGACAAGGGCCUGGUCAUGAUCAAGUGGUUAAUAGAACAAAUGAGUCACAGAUGCCACUAAAAAAAACAGCAUUGAGUUCCCAUCUGACAGCCUUUGCAGCAGGAGGGAUUGGUUUUGAAGCAAGAAGGAUGACAAAAAUUAGUGCUCAAGAGAUCGAAUCUUCUGAAUCUAUUCAAGGCUCACAACCUAUCCAAGAUGAGUUUACUGUCUUGGCUUCUCAUUCAGCAACAAACAAUUUUACGAAUUCUCCUAUUUACAUCAAAGAUAAAAGAGUUUCUUCAGUAUCUGAUCACAUGAUCGAGGAGCAUUCGGAAAAAGCUAGGCUUGCUAACUUGAAGCAUGAGUUGCACAAUUUUACUAGGCCAUCGAGAGUGACAGUCUCCGAAAUGAAAGAUGAAAAUGAAAUUGCUAAUAGUGAAAGGUGUUCAUGGCCCAAGAUAAAUCAUAGAUCCUUGCAGAAACCAGGAGAUUCAUGGCUAGGCGAUUUUCCUCAUCCAUCUACAGACAGAGAUAAUAAUACUAUCCGUUAUAUUUCUCAUCGUCAUUGGUUAACAACUAAGGAUGUGCGCAUGAAUUUCUUGCAAGGAGAACAGCUGAUCGUCGAUUCAACAGAAACUGGAAAAGCAAAAGGUACCGCCUUGUUUGAAAUGAUAACAGGCCCAACAACAUCAAAGUGCCAUGGAAAACAAUCAGGAGAUUCACUACUUUUGAUUAACUCAAAUGGUAUCAGAGAUGCGGAUGAUGGAAUUGGAAAUGGAAAAGGAAAUGGGAGACAUACAACUGCAACAAGAAAAGAAUCAUCAGCUAAAACUGAGACAAUGGACAUUGAGGUUUGCCAGACAAGAAGCUCUCUAAUAGGCAUGAUUGCUGACAGACAACGGAAGGAUCUUGUGUGCCUCAACGUGAUGAAGCCCCACUAUCCAUUAGCUUCACCAAUCAAACGAACUGUGAGUCGGCAUGCUACUGCUGCUUCCUUAGACAAAACAGGUGGUGUAAGUAACAGAGAACUCAGCACAUCUAGAUCAGAAAGCAUCGAUGCACAUCAAAUUAUUUCUCAAGUUCAGAUGUACAAAAUUUUGAAUUCUAGUAGUAUAGCAGAUAAGCCGAUGGAAGCAGAGCCUUAUGGCAAAUGGCUUAAGCGCCUUGGACCCGACCCUUAUGCUUUUGGCCAUCGUAGUAAGAGAAUGAAAAUCAGAGAUGGCCCCACCGGUGCAGAAAUGUGCAGAUUGUCAAGUAAUGUACACAAUGACAAUACAUCCAGCUCUGACUUGAUGAAGUGUCCUGAGAAGCAACAGAGUUUUGACAGGGCCAAGAACUCACCGAGUAUUCCUGAGUGCUGUUGUGAAUUAUCAGCAAAGACAACAUGGUACUGGAUUGAAAGAUGGUGUCAUAGAAGUCCUCAGAGAGCCAAAGCUCAGGCAAGUGCUGCUACAACUGGGCUAUCCAAGCCCAGAAGUCCAAAAGUGGUUCCCGAGUAUUUUGAGGGGAAAGAGUUGCCAAGCAUCAGGGCAUUGGCAUUGAUGGGGAAAGCGAUGAACAAUUCUCGGAAGGGUGAAUUUCAGAGAAGGGGAUCGUCUGUGGUGUGGCAUAUGGAGGACUUAUGAAAGCUUGGGGGCUUUGGCCUCUUUGAUCUUCUUGUUGGCUUUUGAGGCAAGCAAGCACAAUACGUGAUGGGUACCCCCAUCCAGUUAUUUGUGGAUCAAACACUGUGGAUGCAGAAAACUACCUAAAUUGGGAGGUUGCAUAUAUUUCACUGUUGUAAUUUUUCAUGUUUACAUUUCCUAUUUCACAUGUGGAUUCAAUUUUUCGGUCAAGUAUUUCCUUUAAACCUCUCGAUUCAAAUUUCAAGAAUGGGAAUUUUUCUCUGCCUAGUUUUUCA